GGUUGCGGUUGAAGGCCAGCCAAUCAGAGAUGAGUUGAGGGGCGGGACUUCUUCCACCAGUAAAACAACGUUGCUCGGUGUUCCACACGGUCUCGGCUCACGGAGAAACUCCAACAUGGUUCUCGGUAAAGUAGCACGGAGUUUGACAACUCGUGUCCGUGGACUGGUUCAGGCGCCGGUCCUGAAGCGGACAUAUGCCGCAGUGACCGAGGCUCGAGCGCUGCUGGAGACCGAGCUGGAGUCAAUUCGAGCCGCAGGGACGUGGAAGGCGGAGAGAAUCAUCACGUCCCAGCAGGGGCCGCAGAUCAACGUGGACGGCAGUCGUGGCGCCAUCUUGAAUUUCUGUGCUAACAACUACCUGGGCCUGUCCAGUCAUCCAGAGGUGGUGCAGGCGGGGGUGGAGGCUUUGAGGAGUCACGGUGCUGGACUCAGCUCCGUCAGGUUCAUCUGUGGGACGCAGGAUAUUCACAAAACACUGGAGCAGAAGUUGGCCCAGUUCCACGAGCGUGAAGACUGCAUCCUCUACGCCAGCUGCUUCGACGCCAACGCCGGCCUGUUUGAGGUGCUGAUGGGUCCAGAAGACGCGGUGUUGUCGGACGAGCUGAACCACGCCUCCAUCAUCGACGGAAUCCGACUGUGUCGAGCCAAGAGGCUGCGCUACAGACACAUGGACCUGGAGGACCUGGAGAACCGACUGAAAGAGGCUCAGUCGUCCCGUAUGCGCCUGGUGGUGACAGACGGCGUCUUCUCCAUGGACGGAGACGUGGCUCCUUUGAGACAAAUCUGUGACCUGGCCGAACAGUACGGAGCCAUGGUCUUCAUAGACGAGUGUCACGCCACCGGCUUCCUCGGACCCCGGGGCCGAGGAACAGAUGAGCUGCUGGGGGUGAUGGACAGGGUUCAGAUCGUGAACUCCACCCUGGGGAAAGCACUGGGUGGAGCAGCAGGUGGCUACACCGUGGGCCCCAAACCUCUCAUUGACCUCCUGAGGCAGCGUUCACGGCCGUACCUGUUCUCCAACUCCCUCCCUCCUCCGGUGGUGGGCUGUGCCACCCGGGCUGUGGACCUGCUGCUGGCCUCCAACCAGAUAGCACAGAGUAUGGCUGCCAAAACCAUGAGGUUCAGGAACAUGAUGACGGAGGCUGGCUUCACCCUCUCAGGCACGGCUCACCCCAUCUCUCCCGUGAUGCUGGGUGACGCCCGGCUGGCCUCCCUGAUGGCCGACGACAUGCUGAAGCUGGGAAUCUAUGUGAUUGGAUUCUCAUACCCAGUGGUUCCCAAGGGCAAAGCCAGGAUCCGUGUUCAGAUUUCGGCAGCUCACACCGACGAAGACAUCGACCGCUGCGUCCACGCUUUCGUCCAGACCGGCAGGAAACAUGGAGUCGUUUCCUGAGUCGUCCCCCCCCCCCCCCCCCCCCCCCUCACCCCCACCCCC